CGGCCUUACCAAAAAAGUGGCCGCCUCCUCCUCUCUUUCCUUCUCGAUUCUUCUUUAACUUUCGCCUCUCUCUCUCUAUCUCUCGGCCGAUCUCUCUUCCUCUCCAGAAACAUAAAAAACGAAACCCAAACCUAAUCAAACCCGCCGCCGACAUCCUUAACCUCUCGCCUCGCGUUCUACCUCUCUAAUCCGAGAAAGGGAAUCGCUCGUAUCAGCUAAAUCGACCUAGAAGGUAUCGAUCUAGGUAAGAUCCUAGACAUGCAUGCUCUUUUUCUUUCUAUUUUCGGAUUUUUCAAUGGAUUCUACUAAGUUUCUUUUCGUUUUCUUUUUUCAUUUAUGGAGAAAUCAACCCAAACCAAGGUGGGGACUUGUCGAUCUACCUUCCUCGCCGAAACGACGGCGACGAUGGGUGAAUACUACCCUCUGGUGAGCCUUUUUUGACAUGCAUGCUCGUUUUCGUUCGGUUUAGGUGAUUUUAUUUGGGGUUUAAUGCGAUUCUAACCUCUUUUUGAUUUCGGAUUUUUGAUAAGGAGGGGAAGGUCGUCGGCGGCGCGGCCUGCGUCAGAGCGACGGCGAUGUUGGCUUAGGUAGGUUCUUUUUUUUUUCUUGCUAUUCGUGUUUUUUUUGUUGAUUUGAGGUUCUGAUAUUUAUUUAUUUAUUUUGUUUUAUUGGGGUUUGGUCUUGGACGAGGGAGAAGAAAAAAAAGGUUGACCGAAGGAGAAGGGUAUUCGCCGGCGUUGAGAAACGCCGGCGACAGGGUGAGUAGGUGAGCAGUGGUGGCUCCUUUUUAAUUCCGUUUGAUGCCUGCUUAAUCGAUACCAAUUUCUAACUGUUGAUUUAUUUUGGUGCAGGUGUGGAGAUUUACAGAUCUGGGUAAGGUUUGCUAAACCUGACUUAGUAAGAUUUUGGAACUUGGAACAAAAAAAAAGGGUUGAAUCUGAUUGAAGUUCUGGGUUUUUCACUAAAAUGGUUAUGUAUGAGUUCGAUAAUUUUGGUGUUUGGUGGAUGAAUUUAGAUGCAAAUCUUGAUAUGUUGGAAUUUGCUAAAACGAAAAAGAAGUUUUUGUAAUGGGUUAAGUAAUUAAAUGGCCCUAAAAUUGCUAAUUUAGGUGAUUAUAAAUCACUGCCUCUGCCCGUGAUUUUGCUUGACUGGGUGCUAUAAAUCAUUGCUACUGCUUAUGAUUUUGUAGAAAUAAUGGACUCUAAAUCACUGCUACUUGUGAUUUUGCGAAAUUGGUAUGGGUUUUAAACUCUAAAACUUAUGGUGCUUGAGUGAUUUUUGUUGGAUUUGGAUCCAGGUUCAUCCAAGGACUUCUAAAAAGUUUGUUUUGAUUGUUAAAAAAAAUAUGUGCUAUAUCUAGUUUUACUUUAAUCUGUACAUGUAUAUGUAUGUAUGGCUACUAAUGAGGAAAAUCUAAACAUGGCAAAAAGAAUUUAAACCAAAAUAUCCAGCUCUAGUCAUAGUUAAGUUAAUCGGCAUAAUAGUAAUCGCACAGCCAAAACUAUUAAUAUGAGAAGGAAAAAAAACUUUAAUGAUAGAGCUUAAUGAAAUUGAUAAGAGCAGAUCUUGAAAAAUAAUAUUUGACCAUUACAUAGCUUGUAUUGGAAAAUACUCUAGUAUAAAUAUGCAAAUAGAUGGAUGAUUAUGACUCUGCAAAGAUAGAGUGGAGACCCUAUAUGGCUUUAAAUUUACCAAUAAUGAAAGUAGGGUUUAAAACACCAACCUUAUUGAGAUAUCUGCUCCAUCCAAUCCCUGGACUAAGUUUCGUGUUGUAAUGAAGAGUUCUUUUUAGAUUUUCUGUGACUUCUUCCUCCCAUUCGUCCCCCCAAAUCAAGAGCUGAAGAGCUCCACUUAUAGCUAAAUCGCAUGCCACGUGUUGUUUCGCCAUUGGUCUUUGUUAAGACUUGAAAUGCCGUGUUUCUUUCUGAUAGGUCGAAUUUUGAGGCUGCCCCAAUAGCCUUCACCUUGCUUGGUCGGUUCUGAGUUCUGACUGAUCAGGGUAUGUUCAAGAUAGGCUUGGCACACAAUUUUAGGUUGUCUGGGCUUGGGUUGGGAUGGACUUCGUUGGGCCGAGUUGGGCCCGAUUUGGUUUCUUCACAUCUGGGUCCGAACUAUGGGCUAGAAUCAGCCUGUCUUUAAUCUUGGGCCAGACUUUGAAUCUGAGUUUGGGCUUGUGAUUGAGCUUCCGUUGAGCCUCUACUAGCUGAUUUGUUUUUAUUUUGUAGGUUGCUAAUUUGACCUAGCGGCCGCCGCUCAAACUCUCUCCCUCUCGUUCCUCUCUCUCUCUCGGCCAGAGACCAACAAACCCUAACCCCGAUCCAAAACCGCCGCCGCUCUCUCCUCUCGUCCCUCAUCUCUCUCUCUCGCUCAGAGAAAACCUAAACCCUAGCCUCGCUCAAAGCCGCCGCUGAUAUGACGAAGGUUGCUUAAAAAAAAUCGAGCGGGAGACCUUCGAUCUAGGUAAGAUUAUUGCAUGCAAGUUUGUUUUUUUUAUUACUGGGUUUUUGAGCGAGAUUCUAACCCUUUUCUUGUUUUUCUUUCGGAGAUCGAUCUAAAACCGAAGAGGUGUCUCGAUUUACCUUCUAAUAAUCUCGUUCUACCCCUUCUAGUUGGAACAGAGGUGACGACGAGGAGGUUUUACCCUCUGGUAAGCUCCAUUUUAAAUGCAUGUCCUAUUUUAUUCGAUUUAACAAACAAGAUUGGGAUUUGACUUGUUUUUUGUGUUAUUGAUUUCGGACUUCCGCCGAGGGAAGGAAGGGAAGGGCGGCGGUCGCCGACGACGAGGGUUUUGUUUGGGGUAAGUCCUUUAUGGGUUUGCUUUCCUGUUCAAUUUUCGUUUACUUCGAUUUGGGUUUGUUCUGAUCCUUUAUUCUUUGAUUUUUUACAGAUAUAAUACCUAGAGAUUUUGGUGAGGUCUCCUAACUCUGAAUAGUUUAACUAGGAAGGUUAAACUAAAAAAAAUAAUUUGUUUGUAGAUCCGAGUUUAUGGAAGACGGUCUUGGCGUUUUAUGCUUUAUUGAGUGGUCUUUUAUUGCUUGCUAAUCUGGAUUUGGUUUCGGCAGAUCCUGGGUUUUGGAUCUGAUAGGUCAAAGUCUAAAAAUUAGACUAGUUUUUAACAAAAAAAACUAUACCUGUGUGCUUUUGAUGAUGUAUGCGAUUUUGGUUACAUUAAGUUUAAAGCUUGAAACUUAAAUAUCUUUCUCUUGCCUAACCUAAGUAGUAAAAGAAAUUAAUUUUUGUAAUGCAAAUAGUAACAGCCACCCUCGACUCUACAUCACUGCUACUGCUGUGGGAUUUAGUCAGAUUAAAGUUUUGGGUGAUUUAAAAGAAUUGGCAAGAGUUCUUGAACUGUACUUUAGCUUUUAUUUCUAUUCGGCUAUGGUUGAUUUAUGGGUUUGAAAUAUGAAGUUUUAGUGUGUUUAUGGUGUUUCUGUUGGAUUUGGAUCUGGAUUUAAAGAGAUCAAAACUUUAUCUAUUUAUACUACUUAAAUUUGUUUAUGUAUGAUAAUAUUGUGGUUAUCCGACUAUAUAGUAAGAAGGGAAAUUAAAACUAGGAAAAUUUGGCUAUAAUAAUUGCUUGUAAAAAAGGGCGGAGUAAUGAUGUAUGCUAAGCCAGUAUAGUCAAUAAAUAAAUAAUUGCCAACCUAAAGAGCAAUAGUAAUUGUUGAGCACAAUAGUAUGAUAGAGACAAUAGAUGAAAGAAACUACUAUGAUAGAGACAAUAGUAACUAAAAGGAUCUGGGCAAGUGAUUGAUCGUAAAUGGUUCUACUUGUAUUAUUAUCAAAAUAGACGAAAGAGUACAAAUCUCUAACCUUGGACCUCAGGAUCCUUUGCUUUUGCCUCUGGGUCGCCCACGUCGCUUGUAAAACGAAAAUGAAAGAUGUCUAUCUAUGGAUUCUCUAAGAAAGAAUAAAACGAAAAUGAAAGAUGUCUAUCUAUGGAUUCUCUAAGAAAGAACGAUGAAAUCUGUGUUGUUUUUUCUCCACUCUUUUUUUUUUCUCCUCCUCCCCACUCCUCCAAAACAAGAGCUGAAAGAGAUCAUUUAUAGUAAAAAUGAUGAGCCACGUGUCAUUUGUUGAUUGGUCAUUGUUGGGGCUGAAAUUGUGUUGCCUCUUUCUGAUUGGUCGAAUUUAAGGCCGCAUCUCACGCCUCCACCUACUAAAGUCGGUUCAGACUUGUCAGGGCCUGUUAUGGAUUAGGGUUAUCCAAUUGGCUUCGGGCCGAAUUGGGCCUGCAGUUACGGGCCUGAGUAUGGGUUUUGUCUAGUCCUGAACCUGGACUCAGUUUUGGGCCGAACUGGGCUCCGUUUUGGGUCGAACUAGGCUCUGGGCUUUAACUAACUGAUUCUUCAUCUUCUCUUUUUUUUUGCAGGUGCAUUGCUGAUCGUCUUCUCCUCCAUAAGCAGAAUGAUCCUCAGACCUCUCUUCAACCAACACCACCGCCGUGUCUUCUCCUCCCUCCAUCGUCUCCUCACCAACGAAUCAAUAGUCCAACAACACCAACCUCCGCCGCCGUCGCUGCAACCAACGCCAAUUAACUUAGAUCACCUAAUUCGAGUCUGCACGAUCCUCUUUCAACAACAAAUCUUUCCAGACUCCAAGCUCCAAUCCAAGCUCUCUACCUGCGACUUCCAGCUUACCCACGAGUUCUUCCUCCAAGUGUGCAACAGAUUCCCUUUCUCCUGGCGUCCAGUCCACCGCUUCUUUCAGUACAUUCAGCAAACGCCUUCCCUACAUAACAAUUUCGCCCACACCUUCGUCUCCUUCAAUAAGAUGCUCGAUGUCUACAGCAAGGCGAGAAACAUGGAUCUGCUCUGGGAAACGGCUCAGCAGGCAGGCCAAUUGGGGUUGGUGAGCGACAGAACGUUCGUGAUUGUUCUCAGAACUCUGGCCUCCGCGAGGGAGCUGAAGAAGUGCGUGCAGUUUUUCCACCUGAUGAAUGAUUCAGGGGUUGAAUACAGCUUGCGGAGGUUGAACAAGGUCGUGGAGGCUCUGUGUCGAGAUGGGCUCAUGGAAGAGGCCAAGUACGUGACUUUGAAGCUUAAGGACACCAUUCCCCCAGAUGGGUUCACUUAUGGGUGCCUGAUUAAAGGAUUCUGCGACAUCGACGACAUGAUUGAAGCGUCAAAGGUCUGGAAUUUAAUGGUGGAGGAUGGGUUCGAUCCGGAGAUCCAAGUGUUCGAGAAAAUGAUCGAGACGUUCUUCAAAAAGAACGAGGACACUGAAGCCGUGAAAGUGUUCCAAACCCUACGAGUUAACAGGAUGGAAGAACUAGGACUCUCGACUUACAACCUCGUCAUUUCAUGGUUCUGCAAGAAGGGCAAGCUCAGCCAAGCACAACAACUGUUCGACGAAAUGCGGCAGAGAGGAAUUCAACCCGAUUGCGCAACGUUGGGAUCCCUUCUCUUCGGGCUGUCAUCAAGAGGCCGAGUGAACGAGGCCCAGAGAGUGCUGCAACAGAUCGAGAAACCGGACAUAGCCAUCUACCACGGACUGAUCAAAGGGCUGCUGAGCUCGAAAAGACCCAGAGAAGCAACAGAAGUCUUCAGGGAGAUGAUAAACAGAGGCUGCGAGCCCAUAAUGCAUACGUACGUGAUGCUGCUGCAAGGCCACUUGGGGAAGAGAGGGCGGAAGGGUCCUGACUCCACUGUGAACUUCGACACCAUUUUCGUUGGCGGGUUGGUGAAAGCUGGGAAGUCGCUGGAAGCUACCAAGUAUGUUGAGAGGAUACUGAAUGGCGGGAUGAAAGUUCCGAGGUUUGAUUACAACAAGUUUCUCCACUACUUCUCCAACGAGGAAGGAGUUGUUCUGUUCUUGGAGACGGCAAAGAAGUUGAGGGAGGUUGGAUUGGUUGAUUUGGCUGAUGUGCUUGGGAGGUAUGGGGAGAAAAUGGCCACUAGAGAUAGGCGAAGGAACAGAGAGGGUUAACUUGUUCUAAAACAAAGAGUUCACUUUUGUUUAGGUUUUAAAAUCGAGGAAUUUUGUUGAGAGAUCUACCUAUUUACCAUUUUUCAACGCAUUUCUUUAAACAAAGAUUUCACUUUUCUAUGGUAAACUAGUUUCUUACUCGAUCCGUUGACCGGAGAGAUUUAUUUUAUAAUUUAUAUUAAUUAACUUAUUUAUAUGAUUAAAUCAUUUUGGAUCUUUUAAUUAUUUUGUGUUCUUAUUCAUAACAAAGUUUUUAGUAUGUUUAUAUUGAAAAUUUCCAAUAUUUAGAACACUCACUUGUGAUACUUUGGUUUUCUAAUCAUAAAUUAUGGCGCUGUCACGUCCCAUUUAGAAUUUAUGUAAAAAUUUGUCAACCAAAACACUAAUAUUUGAUGUGCGUCUACAGGGCUCAACAAAUAUCUCUAUCUUACUGUACAAUCAUUCACGAACUAAUCGCUUAUUCAAUUUCGAAACAUGUUCUUAAAGUAUACCAAAACUAAAAAUGUUAUUUCAACACUUGCAGUUGCAAUCGGUAAAAUCAAUAACUUUGAGAAACAAAUAAACCAAUGGAUAUGAUAGAAUGGAGGGAAUAAGGGUAGCUUGUAAUUAGGUUCAAUUGUUAUUUUGAAAAUAAUUGGGGAAAAGAAUAAUUUUUUUACUAUUAAACUUGUGUUGAAAACACAAUAACAAAUUAGUCGUACGUAUACUAAUGGAAAACAUGUGUACUAAUAAUAUUAGUAUUCUAAUUUAAAUCACCUAGUCUAUCACUAAUAUAUAUUUUUACCUAUAUGAAAACUACUACCAGGAUUGGAGCCCCUAGCUGCAAGGAAACUAUGCCUUCCCCACUAUGCUCCUGCUUCUGACUGUCUGAGCUGCCUUCUUCUUCUUCUUCUUCCUCUCAUGUCUCUUCCCCUUCUUUCUCUUCCUCUUCUGCCAUUUUUGUUCAAGGAAGCUAACGAAAGUCUGUCGAACAAGAAGGAACCGUUUAGCUAACAAUUUGAAAUCAACAAACUAUCGAAAUCUAGAUGGUAAAGCCCUAAAUGCACCCAACAUACAGCAUAAACCAUUUCUCUGAACAACCAAAUGAAAACUUCAAGCAACUAGUUCUUAGUAAAAGCAGCUGAUAACCAUUAAUGGAGCAAGGGUAUAAACCACCCCACCACUAUACAAAGAUCAGGGCGAAACUCAAACUCCAUUGUGGCUAAGGGACAUGGAAGAAAUUUAGACGAAGUGAAUGUGACAAACCGGACUUCAUGUACGCUGCACGACCAGAACCGCACGGCCGUGUGAAAUUAUGGCCUGUCCGUGUGAGCUCCCUGGGAAUUCCACAGGGCCACGAAGCAUCCUUUACACGACCAGUGUGGCUUGCCCGCGCAAAGGGGUUCCACACGGCCACGUCACACUGUCGUGUGACAUUUAGGUCUGGCCGUGUGGUUUCCCCAGCUUUUCGUCCAUGUUCUAACUUCGUCCAAUCUGCCCAGAACUCAUGCCCAAACCUUCCUUCACGUGCUAAGACCUGAAAUAUCACAAACAAGAACAACCUAGCAUGAAAUCGGCCUAAAACACGAGAGAUGAGAUUCAAACGGUAUAGGAAUGAUGGACAAAAACACGUGUAUAUAUCAAGUCAUCAUUUACGUUCGCAAAAUCAUCCCAAGAUCCCUCGGGACAUACAAUGCAUUUAUUGACCUCGUCCCAUCCCCAACCACUUUGUUUCCUCAUAAACGUUAUUGCAUGCCAUCUCUUUUUCAGUUUUUUGAACCUGCCUUCAAUGUUAGGAUAUGCCUUGACCCUGCAUCCCGACACUCUUUCCUGCAACAGUUUCUUUAACUGGUUAUAAGCCCCAUUCUUGCAGUUGGCGUCAACGAUCUGCCCCUUCUCUACUAACUUCAGAAUACAGUCAACAAAUGGCU